AUGGCGGACAAAGAGGAGACUGAGAAGACCAUCGCCGAAGACUUGGUUGUCACCAAGUAUAAAAUGGCCGGCGAGAUCGUAAAUCGGGUACUAAAGCAAGUUUUAGAUAAAUGUGUUGUUGGAGCAUCAGUAAGGGUAAUUUCUGAAUUUGGAGAUAGAUUGUUAUUAGAAGAAACCAGCAAGGUUUUUAAAAAAGAGAAAGAGCUGAAGAAGGGAAUUGCUUUUCCUACAUGCAUAUCGGUCAACAAUUGCAUUUGUCACUUUUCACCAAUUGCAAGUGAAGCAGAUCUCAUACUUAAAUCUGAGGAUAUGGUAAAAGUAGAUCUUGGGGCACACAUUGAUGGUUUUAUAGCAGUUGUAGCACAUACUAUUGUUAUAGAUAUGUCAACACCAAAAGUUACUGGUAGAAAAGCAGAUGUAGUGUUAGCUGCACAUUAUGCAUCUCAGGCUGCACUGAGGCUUUUGAAGCCUGGUACAGAGACUUACACAAUAACAGGAACAGUAGAAAAGAUUUGUGAGGCAUAUAAGUGUAAACCAAUUGAAGGAAUGUUAAGUCAUCAAUUAAAACAAUUUAAAAUAGAUGGAGAAAAAACUAUAAUUCAAAAUCCAAAUGAUGCACAGAAGAAAGAACAUGAAAAGUACACCCUUGAAACUCAUGAGGUAUAUGCCAUGGAUGUGUUAGUUAGUACCGGUGAAGGCGUAGGCCGGGAGCAGGACACGCGGGUUACUAUAUUUAAAAAAACAGAGGAAACAUAUCAGCUGAAAUUGAAAGCGUCACGCAUGUUUUACUCUGAAGUCACUCAUAAACACGGUCUUAUGCCAUUUAAUUUACGCACUUUUCAAAACGAAAAGAAGGCAAAAAUGGCUAUUGUGGAAUGUGUAAAUCAUAGGUUGAUCGAACCAUUCCAGGUAUUGUACGAAAAGCCAAACGAAUUUGUUGCACAAUUUAAAUUCACAGUACUCUUAAUGCCGAAUGGACCACACAAAAUUACGGGAAUACCCUUUGAUAUUGAUAUGUACCAAUCAGAUUGUGUCGUUGAAGAUCCUGAAUUGAAGACACUUUUGUAUUCCUCCGCAAACCCGAAGUCCGCAAAGAAGAAAAAAAAGAAGGCCGAAAAAGCUGUAGGUGAAGUGGCGAUGGAAGUUGACGCCAAGGCCUAACACAACCAUUUUAGCGUUCAUCAUGACGUAUUAACAUCGUGCACUAUGCGUUAUUCUUUGUUCAGCAGCUUCAGAGCAGAAAUUAGACACUUUUCAACGUCACCGUACCUUAAAUACACGUUUCUUUGUUGGAACGCCAUUGAUAAAAUGUGAUUUUUCAUAUCUUUAUGCCUUUAUCACAUCUGCAUUGCUGUUUGUCUAAUAUACGUAACCGCAUUUUACAUCAAUUCAGAAAGUGUCCGUAUCCGUAUCAAUUAAAAAACAAAAGUGUCGAGUUCUGCCCUGAAAAAAAUCGGACUUUCACGACACUUAUUAUGCCACUACUUAUUGACACUUACGUUUUUUAUACCGG